GUGGUGUAUAUCACAGCAACUUUCCCUUUCGUCAUGCUUAUCGUGCUGCUGGUGCGUGGAGUGACUCUGCCAGGGGCAUCCGAAGGGAUCAAAUUCUAUCUCUACCCCAACCUGACCCGCCUACAGGACCCAGAGGUAGGAGCCAAAACCCAGAAUCCUUAUCCCCACCCCUCUAGCCAUCUCUACUGUGUCUGUACAGUCCCCUCCGCUGCCCCCAAUUACCUUAUCCCACAUAUCCCCUAACAGCACCAAUGCAUAUCUGUUUACUUACACGUCUAUUAGGGCCUCUUACUGACAUCUCUACAUCGCAAAGUCAUCUAGACUGCGGAAAAGGAACCAGUCCACAGUCUUUGUUAGAUCUUAGGUCUGGUUGAAUUAUUAGUGGUACUAUAAUUGAGAGAACAUGUGUUCACAAUGCAAGACUCGCCAAUCAUCCAGGUUUAUGACAUAAUUAAAUUAGCUCCCUCCUCUGGAUUGAAGUGGGUGUAGCAAGAAUAGGCUGGAAACUUAGGAAAGUGAUAAGCUGUGUUUCUCUGUUGGUCCCAGUGAAAUCUAUGGACAUACAGUACUGAGGGCAUGAAAGCAGAUGAGAUUUAAUUAUACCUGGUGGACUUGAAAAGUUCCAUGACAAUCAUUCUGCAACAUCAUGUGCUUUUAGGGAUGCUUUUUAUUAUAUUCUCUGAGCCAAAAGCUGAGUUACUUUUGUUGGAUAAAUUAGAUUUGCAAUCCCACGUGUUCUUUUUGAUUUCCGAUGUUAUAACAAUAGGCUGUUCAGUUUUGAUGGAGAUCAAGAUGUUCAGUUUUGAUGGAAAUGUUCCUUUUUAUUCCCCUAAAUUUGAUUUGCGCUCGCAACAUGUUUAAUCAAGCAGUUAUUUGUCUUCGACUCAGUAGAUUAGUUACUUGUACAUUCAAUUAAACGGAGACAGAAAAGCUCAUAAUAAAAUGCCUAAUCAAAUUAAAUGUAAAAUCUCAUCACAUUAAGUUAAUCUAACCCAAUUAUGUCCCAACAAAGAUGAAAAAGAUUGCCAACCAUGUGACCAGAGGUGUAUGAUGAAUGGUGAACUGAACAGACUGGCAUCAUGUUGUUGCUGUUGCCACCUCAGGUGUGGAUCGACGCGGGAACCCAGAUAUUCUUCUCCUACGCCAUCUGUCUGGGGGCUAUGACGUCACUGGGGAGCUACAACAAGUACAAAUACAACUGCUACAGGUGAGCUUCGUUGUCAUGGGGACGGGGGACGGAUGUAGUAGUAGUGAGAUCAACUCGUGUCAAAGACGGUUGCGUAAGAAAAAAAUGGGAACUUUGGUUCCGUCUGUGUAAAUUAACAUCCUCCAUGACAUAUGUGUGACAUAGGGACUGUUUGCUGCUGGGAGGCCUGAACAGCGGUACCAGUUUUGUGUCUGGCUUCGCAAUAUUUUCCGUCCUGGGCUUCAUGGCACAAGAGCAAGGGGUGGACAUUGCCGAUGUGGCAGAGUCAGGUAUGAGGGUCAAAGGUCAACAGUGAACGUAGCAGUGAUGGUGGGCACUGCUACAGAACAAAACAGAUGAUUGGAAAGUUAGAAAAAAAAUAUUUAGUAAAAAAGACACCCACAUUUGAAAAGAACGUACAAACGUAAUGUCAAAAGAGGUUUUGGAAACGACAAUGCUGAAAUGUAGAGUUAUCGGCAAUUGCACAAUCAUUGAAUAAAAGCCUGAAAGAAACAGAAUUGUUGCUUUUGUAUGAUGUGUUUUCCACAGUGAAUUUGUCCCUGUUUGAGUGCUGUGACGUGUGUCUAAGCUACUGCUGCACCAUGUAAAGCUGGGUUAAAUAAAGAGCCUCUCUAAUCAACCAGAUUUAUAAUCACAGCUGUACUCUACCAUCCACAGCCACCUGGGCUCAAAGGCACCAGGUGUGCCAAUGUUCCACUCUAGGGUUUUGUUAUGAUGAAUUUCUAGGGUAUGAAGUGAUUACGAAUGUAAGGAUGUACUUAGACACUUUUGAUGGGGAGUUCAUAUUAGUAUUUAAUAUGUACCAUGGUUAGUUAUAACAGAAGGACAGAGCUUUGCCUCUACCAUCUCCCUCACUCCAGAACAAAGAUCCACUCUCUCUAUAUAUACACUCUGUUACAAGUCUCUCCACGAACAUCUGGUAAUCAUCAUGGGCACUCCCAUUCUUUGAUGUUAUUACUCUUUACCCCAAGUCAGUAUAUCCUGUCCAUCAAUCAUGUUAUCAUAAACAUCAGUAAUCUCCUUUGACAUAACGGAAUGUAGACUCCGUGGCCCCAAACCAUUUAUCUAGUAACUCUAACCUGGUCCCCACGAUACUAUGACAUUACAUCAUUACAGGUUUAUAAUCUAUUUAUAAUAUUUAAGUUUAUUUAAAAAAUCAUGCCAUUCUAUAUGGUGAGGGGUCAUCCAUAAGAUGUAAUGAUAUAGAAUGCCAUGAUUUUUUUUUACAACAUCAACAUUAUCAAUAGAUUAUAAACCCUAGAGUGGAACAUUGGCGCACCUGGUGCCUUUGAGUGUGUAUUUAUUGAAUAAAAAAAUUGUCUAGAGGAGUUGCUGUAAUGUGCAGUAAGACAAAAAAAGACAAUCUUGGGCAUUCUGUUCCAAUAAAAUUGGUAAUUGUUAUAAUUUGUGUUGGGUAAUACAGUAGACCACCAGUGAAAUAGUUGUUGAAAAUGACUGUAUUAAGUAUUGUAAUGUAACUGUAAUGUUAAGUACUUAACUGUAUUGAGCUGUGGAUCCCUGAAGUGGACUCUAGCUAGCCCACCAUGAUAUUAUAUUCUAUGUGGAUUUCGAAGGAGAUGCAUCUUCUUUCAGCAUGCCCGCUCUGUUCAGUUCAGUGUUGCGAUUGUUCCUCCCUAAACAACAACCUGGUUUAGAGAGAAACUGUUUCCAUGUACUUUGACUUCAAUUAUUACGAAGAGAGAAUUCUAUUGUACUGUGACUGUUAUAGCUAUGUCUGCUGUGUUUAUGUCAAUUGGAAUGAAAGAAAAUCAAUGGUUGUCUUAAAUGCUAUAAUUCAUGCAUAUUUAUUGGAAAAAGUUUAACUUGAAGAAUAGGUCAUAUAUGCGAAAAGGUUACAUUAAAUGUAAAUGGUUGUGGAUAACAGUAAAUAAUAAGGAUAGUUCAUUGUGUUAUUCUGCCUGGAUGGACUUGCAAGAGUUAAUGAUAGUUUGUUGAGUUGAGUUUGCUGUCAUUUUGUAUAUGUUCAAGUGCCCUUGAAAUCCUGUUGAAGUAGCUUUUGGUCAAACCUCUAUCUGCUUUGACAAUAUUUGUUUAGCAAGUAAACUAAUGCAGGAUGCUAGAGUCACACACAGCAUAUGACCGGUAGCAGAUACUUAAUGGAUAGUUCCUCCAACUAUCCAGUCCUUACAUAAGACAAACACAUAACAUACCAAAAGGUGUAUCACUUAGUCUCUUCCAGUACUGUAACUGUAGCAUCACCUCUUUAAGGAAUACCUGGGAUAGGAUAAAGUAAUCCUUCUACCCCCCCCUUACCCCCCCAAAAAAAAAAAAAAAAAAAAAAAAAAAAAAAAAUAUUGUAAAGUGGUUAUCCCACUGGCUAUAAGGUGAAUGCACCAAUGUGUAAGUCGCUCUGGAUAAGAGUGUCUGCUAAAUGAUGUAAAUGUAAAUGUAAUUACCAUUUCAGAUCAUUUGAAUGUGUUUAGUUUAAUGUUUUUUCCCCCUCAUAACGUCCAAGCUCAAAUUAGAUGGGUUGGUUCAUUCUCUUCUCCCCCUCUCCCCCUGCCCUCUCUUUCCCCCGUCUAGGUCCUGGCCUGGCCUUCAUUGCCUACCCUAAGGCUGUGUCCAUGAUGCCCAUGCCCACGUUCUGGGCCAUUCUGUUCUUCAUCAUGCUUCUGCUACUGGGCCUCGACAGUCAGGUCAGUACUAAAGCAAUAACUACUAUACAUUUAUAUUGGUAAUACAGUACUUGGUACUCUAGUUUCAAGGACCAUGUAACAAUAUGUAUCUACAAAGUACUUACACUACGUAGUUAGUGUAUCUACAUUGUAAUUACACUAUGCCUAUGUAGUUACAAUGUAAAUAUACAGGUAGUAGGGACACAUACAGUAGUGUAAAGUACAGUUGAAGUCAGAAGUUCACAUACACUUAGGUCGGAGUCAUUGAAACUCGUUUUUCAACCACUCCACAAAUUUCUUGUUAACAAACCAUAGUUUAGGCCAGUUGGUUAGGACAUCUACUUUGUACAUGACACGAGUAAUUUUUCCAACAAUUGUUUACAGACAGAUUAUUUCACUUAUGAUUCACUGUAUCACAAUUCCAGUGGGUCAGAAGUUUACAUACACUAAGUUGACUGUGCCUUCAAACAGCUUGGAAAAUUCCAGAAAAUGAUGUCAUGGCUUUAGAAGCUUCUGAUAGGCUAAUUGACAUCAUUUGAGUCAAUUGGAGUUGUACCUGUGGAUGUAUUUCAAGGCCUACCUUCAAACUCAGUGCUUCUUUUCUUGACAUCAUGGGAAAAUCAAAAGAAAUCAGCCAAGACCUCAGAAAAAUAACUGUACACUUCCACAAGUCUGGUUCAUCCUAGGGAGCAAUUUCCAAACGCCUGAAGGUACCAUGUUCAUCUGUACAAACAAUAGUACGCAAGUAUAAACACCAUGGGACCACGCAGCCGUCAUACUGCUCAGGAAGGAGAUAAACGUACUUUAGUGUGAAAAGUGCAAAUCAAUCCCAGAACAACAGCAAAGGACCUUAUGAAGAUGCUGGAGGUACAAAAGUAUCUAUGUCCACAGUAAAACGAGUCCUAUAUCGACAUAACCUGAAAGGCUGCUCAGCAAGGAAGAAGCCACUGCUCCAAAACUGCCAUAAAAAAGCCAGACUACGGUUUGCAACUGCACAUGGGGACAAAGAUUGUACUUUUUGGAGAAAUGUCCUCUGCUCUGAUUAAAUAAAAAUAGAACUGUUUGGCCAUAAUGACCAUCGUUAUGUUUGGAGGAAAAAGGGGGUAACUUGCAAGCCCAAGAACACCAUCCCAACUGUGAAGCAUGGGGGUGGCAGCAUCAUGCUAUAGGGGUGCUUUGCUGCAGGAGGGACUGGUGCACUUCACAAAAUCGAUGGCAUCAUGAGGAAGGAAAACUAUGUGGAUAUAUUGAAGCAACAUCUCAAGACAUCAGUCAGGGAGUUAAAGUUUGGUCGCAAAUGGGUCUUCCAAAUGGACAAUGACCCAAAGCAUACUUCCAAAGUUGUGGCAAAAUGGCUUAAGGACAACAAAGUCAAGGUAUUUUAGUGGCCAUCACAAAGCCCUGACCUAAAUCCUAUAGAAAAUGUGUUGGCAGAACUGAAAAAGCGUGUGCGAGCAAGGAGGCCUACAAACCUGGCUCAGUUACACCAGCUCUGUCAGGAGGAAUGGGCCAAAAUUCACCCAACUUAUUGUGGGAAGCUUGUGGAAUGCUACCCGAAACAUUUGACCCAAGUUAAACAAGUUAAACAAUUUCAAGGCUUUGCUACCAAAUACUAAUUGAGUGUAUGUAAACUUCUGACCCACUGGGAAUGUGAUGAAAGAAAUAAAAGUUGAAAUAAAUCAUUCUCUCUACUAUUAUUCUGACAUUUCACAUUCUUAAAAUAAAGUGGUGAUCCUAACUGACCUAAGACAGGGAAUGUUUUAUGUCAGGAAUUGUGAAAAACUGAGUUUAAAUGUAUUUGGCUAAGGUGUAUGUAAACUUCCGACUUCAACUGAACAAAAAUAUAAACGCAACAUGCAACAAGUUCAAAGAUUUUACUGAGUUACAGUUCAUAUAAGGAAAAAAGGUAUCAAAUUAAUCCUUAGAUUGGUAGGAACAAAUCUCUAGCCUAUUGCCAAUGUUAUCUGAUGAUGUAUGACUUAAUGGUAACAUCGAAUGUCCACUGAGUGACUAUAUCUUUGCGCAUCAAAAAUAUGAUGCCUGUUUGCGCACUGUAUGCAUCCAUAUCCCCUGUAUGUCCCCCGACACCACCACAAUGUUGUAGAGAGGUUGUUGUUGUAGAAAUUUUAGGCACAUCCAGUGUGCAAAACCAGUGCAAUUACCACAUUCUGACACUUUGGAGAGGUUGAAAGGACACUUGAAUGUACCCUGGAUACCCCAUAACACCACAACAAUGUUUUAGUGAGGUUGAUAUGGUAGAAAUUGUGUUUUUAUACUGAACAAAUAGCAUUUAGGGUUUGCAAAUAUGUAAUAGCACUGGAAUUAUCUAAUUUACAGACAUAUGCCACUUUGGAGAGGUUUAGGGACGCUUGGAAACGUUCCGUGAUUACACCUGACACCACUUACUAAAACAUCUGCCCAUUUCUAGUUGUUUGGUCUAUCAAUCCCAUUCGUUUUUCUGAUAUUGUUCACAUGUUGUGGAAGCCAUCUGAUGUGUUUCCAGCUCUAGCAAUCAAUAAUAUACCCCACCGCCUUCAUGGAGCAAUCUGUUCACAACGUUGACAUCAGCAAAUCACUCGCCCACACGACGCCAUACACGUGGUCUGCUGUUGUGAGGCCGGUUACUGUGGAAUUCUCUAAAACUAUGUUUUAGGCAGCUUAUGGUAGAGAAAUUAACAUUCAAUUAUCUGACAACAACUCUGAUGGACAUUCCUGCAGUCAGCAUGCCAUCUGUGGCAUUGUGUUGUGUGACAAAACUGCACAUUUUAGAGUGGCCUUUUAUUGUCCCCAGCACAAGGUGCACCUGUGUAAGGAUCAUGCUGUUUAUUCAGCUUCUUAAUAUGCCACACCUGUCAGGUGGAUGGAUUAUCUUAGCAAAGGACAAAUGCUCACUAACAGGGAUGUAAACUAAUUUGUGCAACAUUCUUUAGAGAAAUAAGCUUUUUGUGCAUAUGGAACAUUUCGGGGAUCUUUUAUUUCAGCUCAUGAAACAUGGGACCAACACUUGUUCAGUGUAGUACCUUUUUUAUUUGUAUACUUCCUUUGAAGACCCCAGUACAGUAGUUAGUACCCUUCAAACGAAGAACAAUACAACAUAUCUCCAUUUUGGAAAAUGUUAGUGACAUGGUAUAUUUCUAGUUGUAUCGGCGAUAUGAAUAAUUCAGAGUCUUUAUAUUAAAUACAGACUAUAAAUAGAUAACAUUUACAAUACAUUUCCAUGUCAGUUGAGAACUCUGGACAUUACAGUGAACUUAUAAUAAGAUACAAAAUCCAGACAAGAAAAUAAGUUGUUACAUCUUGAAGGCUUGAACGUAGAAGAUGUAGAAGUAUGUAGAAGUAUGUGAACCAGUAAUAAAUUAAUCUCUGAAAACAUAAUAAGUUAAUAGGUAGAACCAAACAGUUUAAUCCUAUAGCUUUCCUCUGAGGUGUCCCUGCAGCCCAGACUCCCGAGGUGUUGACUAAGACGAACGGAGGAGAGGCCAGGGAGGCAUCAGUGCGGUUCUCUCACUAUCACAUUUCCUGCUUCCAAGUGUAAUUUUACUUUCUGCUAACUCGGCCCUCCUGAUGGUCAAUGACAUCUCAGUCAAACAACAAAUACACUGAAAAAUGUUUUCAGUGUAUGCUGAAUAACAAAGUAUAUUUCACUAAAUCAGAGAAGUGUGACUCCAUAUACAUUUCCACCACAACAACAGCACUGCCUAUUAAAUUAUUCAGCCAAUGGCAUUAUAACAGAGAGAGAGAGAGAGAGAGAGAGAGAGAGAGAGAGAGAGAGAGAGAGAGAGAGAGAGAGAGAGAGAGAGAGAGAGAGAGAGAGAGAGAGAGAGAGAGAGAGAGAGAGAAGCCUUGUAUAAAAUGUGUCAUUACUGCACAACAGAGACAGCAGUCAUUCUCUAAUCAGUGAUUUGAGGAAGAGGAAAAAGAAGGCCAUGGAUAGAGGCAUUAUUCCAUAUUUGGAACCUGUGUAUAUGGUAUAUGCUCAGUACGCAUUUUAUUAGGUACACCCAUCUUGUACCGGGUCGGACCACACUUUGCCUCCAGAACAGCCUGAAUUCUCCGGGGCAUGGAAACGUUGCUCAAUUGCUAUCAAGGGACCUAAUGUGUGCCAGGAAAACAUUCCCCACACCAUUACACCACUGCCACCGCCACCAGCCUGUACCAUUGACACCAGGCAGGAUGGGAUCAUGGACUCAUGCUGUUUUCGCCAAAUCCUGACUCUGCCAUCAGCAUGAUGCAACAGGAACUGGGAUUUGUCGGACCAGGCAAUGUUUUUCCACUCCUCAUUUGUCCAGUGUUGGUGAUUGCUUGCCCACUGGAGUUGCAUCUUUUUGUUUUUAGCUGAUAGUAGUGGAACCCGGUAUGGUCGUCUGCUGCAAUAGCCCAUCCGUGACAAGGACCAAUGAGUUGUGCAUUCCGAGUUGCUGUUCUGCACACCGCUGUUGUACUGCGCCAUUAUUUGCCCGUUUUUGGCCCGCUUGCACGAUUCUAGCCAUUCUCCUUCGACCUCUCAUCAACAAGCUGUUUUCACCCACAGGACUGCCGCUGACUGGAUGUUUUUUGUUUGUAGCACCAUUGUCAGUAAACCCUAGACACUGUCGUGUGUUAAAAGCCCAGGAGACCGGCCAUUUCUGAGAUACUGGCAACGACAAUCAUUCCACGCUCAAAGUUGCCCAUUCUAACAUUCAAUCGAACAGUAACUGAAUGCCUCGAUUACUGUCUGCCUGCUUUACAUAGCAAGCCCCAGACCUGUGAACUAUUUUCGUGAACAGGGUGGUGUACCUAAUAAUCUGGCCACUGAGUGUAGGCUGUUACUUUAUAAUGUAUUUGGCAUUCAUGUUUGUGCAAUAAGGCCUAAAAGCAAUACCAAUUAUAAUGGUAAUGGCCAUCAGCGUUCUGGUGGGACACUAAGGUUAAUGGCUUUCUUUCUGUCUCCCCAGUUUGUCGAAGUGGAAGGACAGAUCACCUCCCUGGUGGAUCUAUAUCCAUCCGUCCUACGUAUGGGUUACCGC